AAUUAAGAAAGUAAUUUAUUGUUUUGUUGAAGAGGUUGAGAAAAAAAAGAGAGCAAAGUUUUCGGUUAUGGCGUUUGUUGCAGGAAUGGCAACUACGUCGUCGUUUGCUAUGGUGAAGCUUCACAGCAUCCCUUCGGUUUCUGCCAAAGGGAAAACUGGUUUGAAACUUAUGAGCGUGAAAGUGAGAGCUGGUUCUUUUAAGACCGGUGGUGCUGGUGUAUUGGAACGACCUAGUUUCGAUCAAUCUCAGUUUGACCCUUCUUCCCAAGCUCUUGAAGGUGGUGAUAUUGGGCGAUCGAGGGAUAAGAAAGGUACUGGCAGUGGAGACAGUUAUAAAGUUUUGCUGGUUGAUGAUGCUCGUCAUUCUGAAAAAUUAGCAGUUGCAAAGGUUUUGCCUCAAGUUGUUCCAUCUGUUACACCGAAUGAUGCAAGAAAACUCUUCCAUGUAUCGCGAGAACACGGAUUGGCGGUUGUGAUUGUCACGGUUAAGGAGCAUGCUGAAUUCUAUUCCCAAAUGAUGGUACGAGGGGGAUUGCGAUCAACUAUUGUGCCUGAUUCAGAUGUGGUGUAAAGUGGUUGCAAUUUUUGUGGAAGGUGCAACAAGCAAAGAUUUUGCAGUGUGGCAAUUUUGAAUUUUGAAGUUAGAAUAUUGAAUUUUAGAGGCAGAUAUUAGAUAGGAAUGUGAGAUUACAGAUUUUGCAUCCUAGUAACAGUCCAUUUUCCAUGUUCCAACUAAGAAAUGAGAGUUUGAAGUUUGUUUUGCUUUGGUUUUAUAAA